GCCGUUGGAGGUACAUUCUCUACUUUCAGCAGAGCCGACACAUUGUACGCUGACCUAAUAGGAGUCAACAUGCUAGGCGUCCUGUUCUUUGCGCUAGUGGCCAGUGCCAAGGCUGAAUAUGGCGCGUAUGACAAAUAUCUAGCCUAUUGCAGGAGCAGCAUCGAGCAGAGGAACGGGGUGGGCUACUACGAGAACCCGGACGACUGCAAGAGCUACCUUCAGUGCGACAUGGACGAAUACGGCCAAGUGCAAGUCCACGAGAAAACGUGCGCUGAUGGCACGCUAUUCGAUAGCGACGUCGUCUCGUGUGUCCCGUGUGAGAUUGCACAGUGCCAUAGGAGCAAGUUGCUGGGGCCCAAGUGCCCGCCUAUGACUCCCCCUCCCACUACAACCGAGAGCUACACCACUCUCCCCCAGUUUGACGGCAAAUGUGAAGGCCCCCAUGGCUGGACGUACUUGGCCGUCUGGGGCGAUCCAAGCAUUUUCUACCGAACUCAGGUCCUGGGAGAUGAGACCAGGAUCGAGCGUGUCAGCUGCGGACAGUGGGAGUUCAACGUACAGAGGUGCAUGUGCAUGGCGCCAGACCUCCGUCCAAUCGCUCUGUGGCCAUUCGACGAGUCCACGGACACUACAGUGGACAACUUCUGGACGGACUGCACCGGCGUUAAACUCGGCCAAGGAAGAAUCGGCUACGCUGCUCAGUUCAACGGCACCGUCCAUUGUGAAAUCCCUCGUUUUAACAACUACCCAUGGGGCUCUUCCUUCACCAUUUCUUUCUGGUAUGAGACCGCCGAGAACUCCUACAACGUGCGAGAUGGGUUGAUCAGUAACGGGAAUUGUCUGACUGAGCCCACCAUUGCCUUGUGGACGGAGCGCGGAUAUCUGGGCGGUCGCGUGCUUAUUGACAACAACCAAACCCUUCUUACGAUAGAUCUUGGGGGAUCACACGGCGGAAAGGGCUGGAAUCACGUUGUCUUAUCUUACGACGGCCUCAGACUGAAAUUGUUUGUCAACGGCUACGCCGCCAAGGAUGAAAUCGCUGUCGGACAUAUCCCGGCCACAUUGUCCCCUCUGUACCUUGGCAGAGGCACAAGCUGUGAGGCAAAGGACUAUCAUGUCAACAACCAUAAUUUGAUGGGAUCUCUUGACGAGGUGGGUAAACUGUGUUCUGCUGUGUUUUAACUGUAGGCUACUGUGUUGUGCAUAUACGUGCACCGAUUGAGCUCUUAUUUUACUGAUCUACGACCAGAAAUUAUUCUCAUAGGAACGUAAAUUAUAAUACCUGAUAAUUGCAUUACACAUCUGAUAAACCGAUAAACGUGUAAAUUGUCGUAGACAGGAGCAAAUACUGGCCAAAUGAUAACGCGAUCUCACUUAACAACUAACACAACGACUUGUGGAUUU